CUGUCAGUUUAACAAAAACAUUUUAAUUUUCUAAUUUCCAAGUUCCUUGUAGUAUAUAAUUCGUCGUAAAUCUAAUUAACGAUGAUUAAGCAACGUCAGAAGUGAGAAAAGUACAUUUUUAUGAUACAUCUUUUCUUACGAUAUCUAAUUUUCAGAAACAGGGUUUAUGAUGUUUCCCACAGUAGACUACAGGAUAAUCUUAGGGGUAAAGAUAAUGCCAGUGAUAGUGGUGGCGAGGAGACCGAAUUAUUUGUGCGAAAUAAAUCCCCAAAGAAAGAUAUACCUACUGUAGAAAAAUUGGUACAAGAUGGAGAUACGUUACAAUCAUUGGCUAUAAGAUAUCAUUGCACGAUUGAAGAGCUGAAGCGCCUAAACAAUAUCCACAAAGAAAAUGAGAUAUUUGCAAGGACAACAAUACGUGUUCCCCAUAGGCCAUUUGCGAUGGCAUUGGCAGGGGUCCACAGUAGCGGCACAACAUCACCAAUUAAAGAUUUGCCUUCCUCUAGUAAAAUAGUGGACAUCACGUCGCUCAACAGUAGACUGAAAGAUAGCAUUUUGAUACCUCAAAAUGGAAAAAACGUCAACGAAAUAAUAUUUAAUAGCAAUAUUGUACAAAAACCUUCUUGUGAGAGGUUGGAAGAAGUUGGUGAAGAAUUGAAUGAAGAAGCGUGUUUAUUGCAGCCUCAAAGAGAAAUGCUUUUGGCAGAACCUGUGGUUUCAAAAUUAAAUUGCAACGGAGCAGACUGCGGAAUAUCGUGGGUGGCACUGAUAAUCUGCAUAGUGAUACUCAUCUUUGCGGUUCCAUUGAUACUCCUAUUUUAUGUAGCGGAACACCAUCAUGACCAUGAUCAUACCCAUUAUCAGAAUCAUGAUCAUAUACCUAUAGGAGGAUCUUGAUACACAGUUUUAUUCUUAUGGGUCUUUGUUUUGUUAUGGAUUACAACAGGUUACUCAAAGUUAAACUGUAUCCAUUGGAUUUGGCCAAGCAUACACGUGUGCGACUUUUACCUAUAGAUAAAACAUCUAUUGCAGGUAUGGCUAACAACGCUGCAAGCAAACUUAAAAAAACUUAUGCAGUUUAUGAUCAUGUAUGAUAAAGAUAUUUCUGUGUAAAAGCAAAAAAUAUUAUACAUUAUUUUGUGGAAUGUAGUGUUACUACAAAUGAGGAAGAGGAAGUUUCUUAUUAUCGAAAAUACAGCUAAUUUGACUUGCAUAUCUUAGUAUAACUGAUAUCUUUCAAAAAUCUUAAAGUAUUAUUUUUAUAACUUGAAAUUUCAGGAAGUUAUAGCAUUUUCAGUGUUGGAUGCUGUAGCCGACCGCCCUCGCCGGUUGAGGUUCGGUCGUGACGUCACAAGGCAUAAGUUCGGCCACAUUCGUCCUUGGUGCUCAGGCUGUCCAGUCGCAAUGUAUUGUAUCUCUACCUUGGCAUAUACUGUUGUGCGAUAUUAUAGAUAUGCAAUAAUUAAAAUGGGAGAAGGUUUUCUGCGUAUUAAUUCCCCUAAGCUUCCAAAGGUGGUUGAAAAUAUUCUAUGCGAAACAUUUAUGCUUUGGCUCGCAUUAACAUUUAUAAUAAUUAAGCCCACACGCGAUCGACGUCACAGUGGUUCAAAAGUCCUAAAGUAUGGUCAAAAUCAGGAAGAUUCACUAAAUUUUUCAAAAAAUCCAUGAAGACUUUUUCCUGGUCGCUCUCAACGAAUAUGAUAUCCAUUUGUCAAAGAUGAGAAUGGCGGAUAUAAUGUGGUAUACAUCUUUGCAAAAAUGUUUUCAGUGUCGCUAAUAGCAAACUUCAUACUGAUUGUUCAAAAAUUGAAAUAGCGGAUCUACGAGUAAUAUAGUGUGUUUGCAAAAAAUGUUUUAAUCGCGUGCGUAUGCCAUAACUGCCAGAGUUGCAGUCAGCUGCAGCCUAAAUUGAAUAUUUCUUAACUGAGUAUCUGAUGAACAUACCACUAUUAAAUAGAGCGGACUCUAAUGGGCUUUUUUUAAACUCUUUUUGAAUUCACUGAUUACGGAAAAAAUAUGAAUUACAUAUUUACUCCGUAAUCCAUUUUGCCGCAUCUCAAUACUGCAGAUCAUUUUAAAACGUGACAAUAUUUCUUUAUACAAUUUUGUUGGACGUUUGGCCAGGUUUUUUGGCUCCCACUGCACGCAUAUUCAUCUCCACAUUGACACAGACAGGGAUAAAUGAGUAUUUCCCCUCCAGCCAUAAUAUCAUAUCAGAGCAAUAAUAAAGUCCAACCCCGUUCUCGUUUACACCAAUUAGGUUAGUUAUCCAUUUUAAUAGGCAUCUACACUAACAUUUAUUUUGAUACUUUCUAUCAUAAUAACUAAAUACCUACUAACAUCAAAAUGAGAUUUGCAGCAGAAUGAUGAUAAUGAUAUUUCCUAUCCAUACCCUACGCCACUUCCUUCUAAUUCUUCUAUGUUUUGGUACAAGUAAAAAUGUUUUACUGUAGCUUAUAUGCCUGUAUUUAUACAGCUAGAUUCAAAACAGUAUUUGUAAAUCAGAGGCCUGACCCAUUUUCCCCCACUUUUACCAUACGUCCUAACAGAGCAAUGAUUAUAAAUGGCGCGAAGUGUGCGCGGCGGGCGCAUCACUUUAUGGUGGCGGUAGUAACUUGUGUGAUGUGACGUCAUCACUCAGUCACGCUCCAGCAAAAUAAUUCUCCAAAUAAGAAACUUCUGGGUCUGGGUAGCGUAACAUUACAAUACAGUGCUGAACUUCACUUUACUUAGACUAUCCGUUUAACUUUGUUUCAAAAAUAGGAAACUUCCUCACUGUACACAUUUUCCUGUUCAGUAAUAAAAAGUAUAAAGUUGGAUGCUAUGUUACAAAAAUAUGGAUUGUUCCCAGAAGUUUGAAAAGUUGUACUUAGAUGGUAUUUCCAUAUGAUAAUUUGUGUAGAAUGAUGUAAAACGAUAGACUUACAAAAGCCUUUAACCUGACCAUAAAAUUAAAUAAUUUAUUAUUUCUUCUUUUACAUUUCGUAUCGUCUAGGGAAAGGCUGCUCAGCUCUUAUUAACAAUCGGGCCAAAAGGAGAAUUCACACAUUUUUAGCGGGUCACUGAAAAUUCCUGUUUUAGUUACUUUUAGAACUUAUGCGAUAGAACAUCCAAUUAUUUAAUUAUUAUUAUGCGAAAUUAAACAAAAGAUCAUGUUAGGUUAAAUAAAGAAAAAAGAAGUAUCUCAAAUCCAAAUCUAAGGUGGGUAAGGUGAUACAAUCAAUGUGAUUUCUGACAUUGCUUAUAUUGUAAUAUUAUAACAUGUGCGGUAUUUAUUUUUUACAUAAUUAAGGUUUGAAAAACUUUUUCACAAACAUAUUAUGUGUUGGUCCGAAACUACAAGAACUGUAACAAGGAAAAAUCAAAUAAAAAAUACUUUAAGCAUAGUAACUACUCAAAAC